CAUUUGAGUUGGGCAUAGAGUGGGUACCCAAUAAUGGCAUUUAUAUCUGUGGACUCGACUAUUCAAAUAGAAAGUUGAUUCGUCAGAGAAGAAUGAGCAAUAAAGUAAUCAGGAUUGUCCUAUAACAGAUUUAUGAAAUGUUUGCAAAAUUCAAGUUUGAAGUCAAAAUCAUUGCACCUAAAUCAAGAAUUAGGUCAGAUGAUUUUAACUAAGUAAGAUUGAAUUUGUAAGACUGAACUUGUGCCUGUUUAAUAUUCUAUAGACAGAUGGUUGAGAAAUUCCAACAGCAGUUCCCAUUUCACAGAGCAACUGUUGAGGUUUGUUUAGUGCUGAAACAAGUAUAUUCAACUUCUGAUACAUUACCAGUAACUUCAAGGAUGACCCAAUUUCUUUGUGUCUUGUACCAUUUUCAUUUUAACAAAUUUUUGAUAGAGCCACAGAAUGACAGUGGUGUGGCUUUGGCUUAUUGGGAUGGCAGUUGUGAAAAAUAUUUACCAUCUGUAUAGCAUUGUUGCCUUGCCUGUAAAUUAGAACAAUCUCUGUUCUUUCCUAAAUCGUUUGAAACAUUCUGACUGAAUAAUUACACCCUAGAAUUCUUGUAAAAGUUGUAAACUUGUUUAUUAUGACAACUAGGAAGCAGUAGCCGUUAUUAACCAUGUUGCAUGGAUUUGCUUAUUUACAUAAACUGUUAGUUCACAUGAAGAGUAGUAAUGCAUGAGGUUUGCAGUUACAAUAGUUAGUGGAAAUGUACAGAUUUUGCUACAGACUAACCACUAGUUAUUUUACUGUUUAGCCUGUAGCAAACCUGAACAUGUUUCCAUUGAUAUUUCAGCCACAAUUACUGUGAACACAUGCCUUACUACUAUACUUGUUGUGAACUGUCAGUUUAUGCAAAUAAGCAAGUCCAUGCAAUUGUGGUUAGUAAUUUUUAGCAUUAAAAUAAACAAGAACACAAAACAUUACCAGUUUUUUUUUAUUGUAUCAUCUGCAUAUUGAGUAUUAAAAAGUUCAAUCUUCAGAACACAUGUUAGUUACAUAAUUAUGCAUCCGGUCUUGCAUUGGUUGAAAAUGAUUUGACCACAUAUAUGAAUUUCGUGCAAUUAGAUAUGUAAUUUUUGUUUGGCAGUAUUGCUAACCCAAAAUGAUGCAUCUUAUAACCAGUAAACUAUAUACUUGUACCAAUACUUUGUCUACAAAGCUUCUCUGAUCAAAUCUCCUGUGGUACAUUUCUUUUGGGAAACAACACACAUUUAUUCUUUCAGGUGAAGAAGAAACUCUGGAUGCUUUUGCGAAACACUUUGCUGAAGAACUUUCCAUUUAUGGAAACCAGGUGAUCAUAAACCUGGUGGAACAGACAGGCAAAGAAAAAGUUCUAUCAGAGGCUUACUUAAAUGGAAUACUCUCGUACGACUGUCCUGACUUGACUUAUAUAUCUUUUGACUUUCACGAAUACUGUAGAGGAAUGAAGUUUGAAAAUAUCACCAUUCUAACUGAAAGUAUUAAGGAUAUUAUCAGAGAGAUGAGAUAUUGUUGGUUCGAUAGCCAAGGGCUCAUCUGUGAACAGAAAGGAGUUUUCAGAGUGAAUUGCGUGGACUGUUUGGAUCGUACCAAUAUCGCCCAGACAGCUCUGGCAAAAACCAUCAUGGACACUCAAUUUAUUAAACUCGGCCUGUUGCCACCGGAAGGAAUCCUGCCUGCAAGCUGUAGAAGGGUGUUCCAGAUGAUGUGGGCCAACAAUGGAGACAUAAUCAGUCGGCAGUAUGCCGGAACUGCCGCUUUAAAGGGAGAUUUUACGAGGACGGGUGAAAGAAGAUUUGCUGGAAUGAUGAAAGAUGGAUACACUUCCGCCAGUAGAUAUUACGUAAACCAAUUUAAAGAUGCCUAUCGGCAGGCCACGAUCGACCUGAUGUUGGGAAAUCCCCUGACGGAAGACAUAACUGCAGUGACACCGGAGAGAGAUGCCACCGACAUCGAAGCCACAGAACAGGAACACCAUGAGAGAGUGAAACAACUAAUAGAAGACUGUAAGAAGAUUCUCAUUCCUGACACGGAAGUUGUUCUUGGUGGCUGGGCAUUGAUCGAUGCAGAUCCCAUAACGGGCGAUCCCGGUCAGCAAGACAUGGACAUAAUAUUAGUCUUGACAAAGAUGUCAUACUAUGUUGCUGAAUAUGAUGAUCAAACUGACAGAAUCAUUAGAUAUCAAAGAGUUUUAUUAGAAGAUUUGGAAAGGAUAGAACUGGGACCAGAACCAUCUUUAUUCAAAUCUAAACACAAUUGUCUUCGCCUGCACUAUUUAGUCAACAGUCAGUCGGGAUACUUCCACAUGUUUCGCUCUACCAACACCAGAUUCUUCAACAACAUGGCGGUGCCCAUCCGCAGCGAAGAAGAAGCCGCAGAAUCGUUAAAGGCCAUAUGCGAAGCGUUCAAAGUGGCUCUGGGCGUCAAAUCCCUCAACGUUCCGUUCUUCGAGGGAAAGUUGGAAAGAAGGAAGAGCAAGAUGCCGUUCGCCCAGGGCGGACUCAACUGCUCCAACAGUUACCGCGGCUCCAACAAGCACGCGCAGGGUCUGGUGCCCUUCCAUCUGGAACUGCCGUCGUUCUCCGCCAUGCCCCGAAACAUCUCCGAGGGUCAGCUCAACGCCCUGAAGUCGGUGGGCACCCGGGCCCUCAACAACAUGACUUCCCACUUUGCCAAACUCAACCCCAUUCGUUCGGUCCGAGGAUUGGGAAAGAGGACCAACGGCCUGACCACCGGACCAUCCCUGGCCGCGGUCAUGGAACCCACCGGAUCACUGCGUCCCCUCUUCCACGUGGAGAGUUCUUCGGACUCGGAAGACGAUUCAAUUCGAAGAAGAAAAAAACAGGGAAGCUCUACGUUCGUUUCUUACAUCAACGACAGGACUUUGAGCUCGGAUUAUUCGGAAUGCAGUGAUCUGGACGAACCCGACUUGACCGUUUCCGAAAGUUUGGAGAGGGACGAAGAAAGUGGUUCUCAGGACACCCUGCUGGAGAGCUGUGGCAUUCUGGCCACCAGCCCCAGUCUGAAAUCCAGCAGCAGUAUUUUGAGUGGUCUGGCUCUAGUGGACGAUCGACAUUCCGCAUUGGACAACCGUCACUCGGAAGUGGACGUCGACGAUUUCGUCUUGGAUGCCAUGAAGAAAGCCACUUUAAGGCAGCUAAGAAGGAAGACGUCGGAGGAAGCGUCCUUUCUGGCGGCGGAAGACGACGAGCGCUCCCACCCUUCCAUGCCGGAAAUCCACGUCAGUUCGGAAAUGAUUCCGUCACACAGCCGAUCCGGCGAAGAUAUAUCCAUGUCGCUGGUCAGAUCGGGACCCAAUAGGAAACUCUCCAAGUCGUCCGAGGAUCUGGAUUCCGGCAAGUCGUCGGUCAUUCCUUCCUCUUCGCACGAGGUCACCCACCUUCUGGUGCAGGAGGAAAUGAUUCUCGACACCGAGGGUAUGUCUUCUAAGAUGAAAACGUCGCACAGCGAAAGCGCUAUCCAGGACUUUUCUCUUCCGUCGCUGAAUUUACCCAAUCCUCUCUCUUCUCCCAUCAUCAUCAAGAAGGAUCUAGUGUUAUCUCCGUUGUCUCGUAUCGCUAAAGGCGUCCAGAGCCUGGGCAUGAACUUCAGACCCAACGUCAAGUUGCAACGUUCGCCCGAAACGGAAGAACACAUACAGAUGAGGGAAAAAAGGAAACAGUGUAAAAGUCAUAUUAUCGAACUCUAAAACAAAUCCUUUUUUCUUUCUCUAGUUUGAACACAAACUAUAUACUACAUAAUAUACACACACACAAUAAUUACUCAAAAAACCAACAAAAACUUCAGUAUUCUUAGUUUAUGUAAAUGUGUAGCAUAUACCAAAGAUGUAUAUAUAGUUUUAUAACGGGGAAGACGUUUGUUUUUCGUCUAUUGCCAUUUCAUAAAUACACAAUUUUAUUUGCUUUGUAACGCAUUAAAAAGUCACGGCAGCAGCAGCCCCCCGGGGAGACCGGAAACGAUUCACUUUGGGUGACGGACGGGCCCGAGUGAAAUUUUAUUGUGUUCAAAUUAGUUUAAGAAGUGUAAAUGUUUAUAUAUAAAGUAUACAUAAAUAUAUAUAUAUAUAUAUACAUAUAAUUUGGUAAGAUAGUCACGUGAAUUUGACGUAUAUGUACAUGUGUUGUGAUAUAUUUGUAUUGGUAUAUGUGACGUGAAAGAUGAUUAUUUAUAUUUAUUCGUAUCCGCUUGGGGAAGAGAAAAGUAAAAAAAUAUAUUCUACAUUUUAGAUAACACUUGUUAUAUACAUAAAUACUAUCUAUAUACAAUAUGUAUAAUGCCGAUAUAAUAUAUAAAAAAACGUAUAUAUUAUGUAUAUAUAUACUCGCACAUACACUACGUAUACUUUGUUAACACGUUUCAAAUGUUCCUUUAACUCUGUUACCGGAGGAAACGUCUACUUAAAAGUAAUUCUCACUGCUGUGAUAGUAACCUCACAACAUAAUGUUCUUGUUCGAGGCGCACUGUUUUUUUUGGUUGCUGUAUUUUUGCCUGUUUGACUGCAUUUAAGGAUACGCUCACUUCAGCAAAGGUUUCCGAAAAUAUAUAUAUAAAUGUAUAUUAAAUCAGCACGGGACGAAUAACUUACAUACAAUCAUUCAGAAAGUCAGCUAAAAAUUCUAAUUAUAUAUAAAAAAAAGUAGUGCGAUAUCGAACGUACGUACAUUCCACGAUUAUGCUCAACGGAAGCAUAAGAAUAUCAAAGUGUUUGCAUUGGAACAUUUCGAGUGUAAUGUUCCCGAAAAAUAAAAGUUAUACCUUCCAUCUUUUCUGCCAGUUGUGGGUUUUUUUAUUGUUAAUGUUAAAAAAAUGCAAAUGGUUGCAUUUUAUUAAGGAAAGUCUUCGUUUCUUUACCAACUUUCCUCGUUAAAAUUUAUUUUAAAACACCCGAACCCAGAAACCAUUUAAUUUCCUGCGCAAUUGGGAACAGUCAAUUACUAUUGCCAACGUUUAUGUU